CACCUACGAUUACAGGGCCACACCACCCACCCCUCUUGAAUCGUCCGUGGGAUUCUCAUCGCUCACAGGCCGCCCUCGCAAGGCAAACAUAGUUGGCCCUGUGAUACCGUUUGAGAGGUCCGGACAAGGCGGAUAUUGCUGUUUCUGGUUUUAAGUGGGAAACGGAAACAAACGACGUUCAGCCGGCUUAAUAUUGACUUCAACUCUUUAGGGCAGUGAUGAACACAGCAAGAAAAGCACCGCACAAGAGUCGAGUCAAUGGCUAUGAGCCUUGGGGACCAUCAAGCACGGACGGUUUUCCAGAACAACGUUGCUCAACCGGCCGGCCUAGCGACUCCAACACCUGGAGCCCCAACUCACCUUGAAGCACGCGAAGGCCCCGCUCCAGCACAAUGGCAGGCGGUGAAGGACGAAAUACGGAUUCUGUAUGAGAAAAAGCCAUUGAGAGAUGUUAAGAAGAUCUUGGAACAGCGGCACGGCUUUCGCGCGACCGAACGAAUGUAUAAGGCCCGCCUUGCACAAUGGGGCUUCAGCAAGAACUACUCGGAUAAAGACUAUCAAAUAUGCGCCGUAUUACACCACGCUCGGCAAAAGAGCGGUAAACAUCGGACGGCGUUUAUUAUUCACGGUCAUAAGCGGUCGGCCAAGGACUUGCACAAGUACAUCAAGGGCCGCAAGAUGUCCGAGGAUGCAUUCCUCGCGACCGCCCUCAAGAACAUCCGCCUCGACAGCGAGCAAGAACGCGACCAAUUUGCGCAUGUUCGCGCGUACACGCCACCUCCUGCCGGACCAAAUACGCCGCAGAACGAACGAGAUGAUGACGACCAUUUAUAUUCGCUGACAAUGGUGCAAUCAACGAGCACGGCCAAACGGUCGCCCACAGAGACAGCAAUGUCAGGGAGUGGUUCACUAUCCGCUCAUCGAGAUUCACCAACGUUUGCGAGACCGGCGUCGCCCAGCGAGGCCAGAUCGACGGCCUUGUAUCCGGCACCAGUACCUGCGACGGACCUGACACUGUCCAGGCAGCAGACCUACGUUCCGCAGUAUGCUUCAACAGAUGUCAACUCAGAUCCCAGCGCUGUCACGUGGCAAUCACAACCACAACAGUCGCCAUUCCAACGUCUCGCGCCGUCUCCGCUUGAUCGGCCUCUCCCUGCUGCCUCGAACAUACCCAUGGCGCCGGCAUACAAUAGUCCCACCAUACAGGGCUCCCUCAAUGGCUCCCCGACCAUGGGAUGCCCCAGCCUCGGCCGGGAUGUGGAGUACAUGGCGCUGCAAGUCGUCGAUGCCCCGUCUCUCAGAUCGCUGUGCGGACAUGACGACCUCCAUGCCUGGCGUCUGCUCAGUAGUGUCACGUCGUCCUCGUCUUCGGCAUCGUCGUUAUCUGCCAGCGAUGGUUUCGAACACGUCUGCCCGACAUGCCACGACUUGACGCGCAACCAUUUCAUCAGCCUGCCUAAUCUAGAGAACACUACUUCCCCCGCCACUCGACCACGCCGUAGCAUCCUGAACGAGACGUCUGACGUGGCGGACACAACCAUGAGCGUGCCAACCUCGUCUCGCGGCCACCAGCACUCGUGGAAGUGGGUGGCCCGCUGUUUCGCCGCGUGCAUCUACCUGAGCAGAGGCAACGAAACGUUAUCACAACGCAGCCUGGCUGACGCCGAGGGCGAGUUCGAAAGAAUGCUUGUUCCAACGCAGGACCCCAAGAUUCUUCUUGCGCUAAACCAGACGCUCCAGAUUCUGCACAUGCACGACCAAGGCGAGAUUACCAAGACCAUCAUGCGCGCAGCACAUGAUGUCGCCGUGCGCGUGUUGGGGCCUGACGAUCCAUUGACUACGAUCACACGUUGGAUGGUCUACGUUGCCGACCUGAAAAUGCGGGAUCGCGACAUCACGAGCGCAACUUUGUAUGAUGUGCAUGCACGCUUCGUCGAGUGGUAUGGACUGGAGGAUCCCCGCGCCAUCGCCUCGCUGUAUUGCUUUGGAUAUAUGCUGAACGUGGAGAGGAGGCUGGAACAGGCCGAGUCGGUCUUGCGCGAGGCAUAUGCCAUGUCCUGCGCUAACCUGGGCCCCAAACAUCUGCAGAGUCUCUCGGCGCUGACCAAUCUGGCGAGGUGUCUAGAGCGGCAGGACCGACUGGACGAGGCAAUUGAGAAUGUUGAGACUGUUGUGAGGGAUUCCAGAGAUACGCUUGGCGACAACCAUCCGCGCAGGCUGGAGACAAUGAGGAUACUGGGCACGUUCUACGAGAAGCAGGGACGCGUGGACAUUGCGGAAAGUCUCUACUGGAAGGUCCUGGAGGGCCGAAUCAAGAUGCUUGGUGUCAAUCACGGGUUCACACGAGGCAUGCAGAAGGACCUGGAAGAGUUGCUGAAGAGCCGCGGCAAGUGGGCGGCCAGCGAUGUUCCUGGCGGGCAGAGUGAAGCUCAGCUUCGCAUGCAGGAUCUGUUUGAGUGGAAUCCGGGUGAAUGGGAUGAUGUGGGUGGUGCGAGUGAUGCGGAAUCGAGUGAUGGCAUGGGUUGUGAGCAUGACGCCUUCUAGCACAUGCUUCCGUUCUUGAUUGGGAAGAGGUGUUGAUCUCCAGGAGGUCAUGGUCCCAUCUGGGGUCGUGAUUGACAAAGUGUCGAUUGAUUGAUGCCCUCUUUGGAGGAAGAUUGGGGUCACGCCUCCGGCAAUUAUGAUUAACGUAGCGCUGGUUCGGUCUAUCUAGUGCUCUGUUGUAGCGUUUUUAAGCUGUGGCCGAGA